AUGUCGUGGAGAGUAGGAACUACCAACGUGCGCCUGGGGCGGAACUCUGGUAGCGCAAACCAGGCCGAUGAUGCGAUGGCCAUAGGUUGGGGUGCGGGUUCUACCAGCCAGGGGGCGUCGACUGUGGCCAUUGGCAAGGAUGCCGGUGGAGACACCCAGACCGAAAACGCUGUUGCUAUUGGAAAGAACUCGGGGAAUGCUAACCAGGGGAUAUCAGUCGUGGCUGUAGGGCUAGACGCCGGUAAUCUGAAUCAAGGGAGCAAAAGUGUUGCAAUCGGAAACGCGGCGGGGCAAACCGACCAGGGGGGCGUCUCCGUGGCUGUUGGGUAUUCUGCCGGGAUGACGAACCAGUCCACCACUGCUGUGGCGGUUGGUACAUCCUCUGGGUCGACGGACCAGGGGGUGAACUGUGUGGCGGUUGGAUACGCUGCAGGAAAGGAGUCCCAGGGUAUACAUGCCGUGGCUGUAGGGGCAACGGCGGGUAUGACAGAGCAGGGCGAGGCUUCCAUAGCCGUGGGUCAUUUAUGUGCAACAGACAACCAGGGUAAGCGCGCGAUUGCAAUCGGACAGUCUUCGGGUCGGGUUGAACAGGGUGGAAGUUCGAUAGCCAUCGGAUUCGAGGCCUCUGUCAUUGCACAGGGUGCGAGCUCGAUUGCAAUUGGGGCUGGUGCUGGCAAAUUAACGCAGGGAUCUUCUUCCGUGGCCUUUGGGGUUAAUACCGGUGAAACGACACAGGGCAAUGCUUGUGUGGCAAUUGGGCAUUCUGCCGGGCUAACGAUUCAGGGAGAGGGAUCGUCCAGUACUGCGGUAGCGGUUGGCCAAGGUUCCGGACAGAAAGACCAGUCGGUGAACGGUGUGGCGGUUGGAUUCAAAGCAGGGUAUGAGUCACAGGGCACACAUGCCGUGGCUGUCGGGGCAACGGCGGGUGAAACAGAGCAGGGUGAUGCUUCCAUAGCCGUGGGUCACUUAUGUGCAACAGACAACCAGGGUAGGCAGGCGAUUGCAAUCGGACGGUCUGCGGGUCGGAAUGGACAGGGUGAUAAUUCGGUAGCCAUCGGAGUCGAUGCCUGUAUCAAUGCACAGGGUACGAACUCGGUUGCGGUUGGUAUGGAUUCCGGCCAAACGACACAGGGUGCGAACUCCGUGGCGGUUGGCGUGAAUGCUGGUAAGGACGAACAAGGGGAGAAUUGUGUCGCAAUUGGGGCAUCCGCUGGACGAUUCCCCCAGGGACACGGUUCGGUGGCCAUCGGGGCGUAUGCGUGCGCGGAGGCUUCAGCGGAGCACUCGAUUACACUGAAUGCAACGGAAAAUCAACUAAACAACAAUGUGGUGGACUCGUUCAUGGUCAAGCCGAUCCGCAACGCCGCGAGUCCCAACGCGCUGACGUACAACCCCGCAACUGGCGAGAUCACGUACACAACCUCGUCAUCCAAGACCAAGGAAAACAUUAUCGACAUGUCUCGCGACGCCUGUGGUAUCCUGUGUGGCUUGGACGUCAAGGAGUUCAACUAUAUCAACAAGUGCAAAUAUAUUGAAGAGGGCACACCCGAAGAGGCCAAGUCGUUUGUCAACUGGCUGGUCACUGAGAAGGCUACGGACACGUGGGUGUCAAGACUGGCGGCUAGGGGUGGGUCGGAUGCAGGAUUUGACGGUGUGGCUGAUGAAGACAACCCCUCAAUCCGCGAAAUGUACAAUGACUACGUCGAACGUACUGAAGUUGUCCCUUGCACAUUCGUCGACAAGGAGGAGAUACACUUUGGAUUUAUGGCCGAGGAUGUGCAACAGGUGUCACCGGAGCUAGUAUACGAGGAUGGUGACGGUGCGGCGCUGGAUAUUAAGUGGAACAACAUUACAGCCCUACUGGUCAAGGAGAACCAAACACUACGCGCCGAGCAAGCCGCUGCACAGACAACAAUUUCUUCAGCCCUAACAACAAUUGCCGACCUUGUCCAGCAAACCCAGCAGCUCACAGAGAGGCUGGUAGUUGUGGAAGACCAGCUC